AUGGCAUUGGUGACUCCGAAGGUGUCGAAACUCAGCUCAAAUGAUCCGACAUCCUCCCUCACAGCUGCUCUCACGCACUUCGAGGUCACCCUUAACGAGGACCACAAGACCCUAUACCAUGCAGCGACGACCAAACCCGACGCGUUAUCUGUCAUUUCUUUUGUCGGAAAACUUGGCGAGACUGCCCGCGGAAAGAGCCGAAGAGGCGUGUCGGCACGGCUCGUUACCUUUCUCGAUACUUUGCAGCAGUUCUCUGGCGUCGUCGACACCUUCGUCAAUUCCGAUCCUACAAUUGCUGCCCUGGUGUGGGGAGGAGUCCGGAUGACCAUUUUGGCAGUCAGCAAUAUCAGCUCUUCUUUUGGCAAAGUGACCAACGUAAUCAUGGAGGUCGGCAAAUUUUGUCCUGCAUAUACUAGCUUCGCUCAUUUAUAUCCUACCUCGGUCGAGCUCCAGAAUGCACUAUGCAAAUACUACGCCUGUGUCAUACGAUUAUGCACCAAGAUUAUCACCAUAUUGCAACGCUCUACCGUUCUGCAUGCCUUAUCUACUGUCAUUUCUCCGUUCGAGUCAGAAUUCUCUGACGACGUUGCUCAAUUGCGACAAGCCGCAGAAUUCGUAAAGCUGCAGUGCAUACAUUCUGCAUACAAGGCCGCUGCUCAGGCUGAAGAGCAAGCGGCAGAAGAGAGACGAACAAAUAAGACGUUUCGAUAG